CGGCGGGAAGUUGGAAGCGGGCCCACACAGCUCUGCAUUCCGACGGCGUGACUCAUCCUCUCCAGCCCCUGCAGGCAGGCGGUUUCGAGCAGAGCUGAGCAGAGCAGCCGAGCAGCAGGAACCGAAUGCCGCCACGCUGACAUGAAAACACACGGAUUCCCUCUGCUUCUCUCCACGCUCUUCCUCGCCGCUGGCCACUCGGCGGCGGAGGAGAGGGCGACGGCGAUCGUGGCGGCGGUGGGAGCGGAGUUGGUGCUUCAUGUGGACGACGCCGCCGACUCCCGGAGCCCGGAGCGAUAUUAAGCGGCGCCUGGCAUUUCGGCUGCACAGACGUGGCGUUGUGGAUAGGUAACGCCACCGACAUCAGCAACGCCUACACGGGGCGAGCGGAGCUGCUCAGUAACGGGACCCUGACUCUCCGCUCCCUGAAGGCCAACGACAGCGGAGAUUACCAGACCACAUUCAACCCGCCUUUCUCCAAUGUGUCCAUCACGUCCACCUUCACACUCACUGUUCUCGUUCCUGUCUCGAAGCCGACGGUGGUCACCAACCUGACACAGGCGGUGGAGGGGAAUGGGACGGUCAGUCUGUACUGCCAGUUCACCGGCGACCUGCCCUCGGUCGCCUGGAGGAAGGACGGAGACUGGCUCCUGUACCACGACAGGAUGAACAUCUCAGAUGACAACCGCACGCUGACCAUCACUGUGGUCAACAGGACGGACUCCGGCCAAUACCAGUGCGAGGCCCACAACCCUGUCAGUGAAGGCAUCAGUGACCAGUUGCUGCUCACCGUCUACUACGGACCGGAGGAUAUGGCAUUGUCUCUAUCGCCCGCGGAUGAAGUCAUCGCGGUGGGAUCUAACGUGACGUUCCUGUGCUCUGCCCAAUCCGACCCCCCACCGCAUCUCGAGUGGCUUUUGAACGGGGACAUCUUAGACCAGAAUGGGCCAAGACUGGAUAUUGUCGGCGUUCUCCGGAAUAACAGCGGAAACUACACGUGUCAGGCCUACAAUAACAUGACUGGCCGGUACACCAGCCUCACCACAGCAAUGCAGGUGAUAGAACCGGUUUCCAAACCAAUAAUCACCUCGGAUAUAUCGUACCCCGUGGAAAACAACGACACAGUGACCCUGACGUGUACAGCCACCGGCGAUAUUACACAUGUUGGCUGGAUCUUGCCCAACGACGUGCUGUUGGACAAUGAGGAUAUUAAGGCAUCAAUGGACAAUGUAUCCCUGAGUUUAUCGGCCGUCCAACGAUCUGACUCGGGCGCGUAUCGUUGCCAGGUUUGGAGCGUCAUUAACAAUGAAACGAGCGAUCCCUUUUCACUAACAAUUUCUUAUGGACCUGACUCGGUUCGGAUCAGCCCUGAAGGCGACCAGGAAUUCUUCACGCUCGGUUCAAACCUGACGCUCAGCUGCAGCGCGGAUUCGGUUCCAGCUGCCGAAUUUAACUGGCUGCUGAACGGCCGAGAACUCGAGGAGAGCAGCCGAGAGUUCACCAUUAUCAACAUGACCAGACAGGAUCUCGGAAACUACACUUGCCACGUGUACAACAACCGAACGCGGAUGUACGCCGAGGCCACGAAAUUCAUCGCCACCAACGGUAUUUCUGUCCCGAAGAUCAGUGCCAGCGUCGAGGAACCAGUGGAGAGAAACGGUACAGUGACUCUGGUGUGUGACGUGUCUGGUCAGCUGCUGUCCGUAACUUGGACCAAAGACCAGCAAGCCCUCUCGGACACCGGUAAUACCAGGCUGUCGGAGGGGAACCGGACAUUGACCAUCAAUGACGUGGACAGAGCCAACGCUGGCAACUAUACCUGUGAGGCCCUUGGACCUCUGGGCAGUAAAGCCAGCCAACUCUUUCAUCUAAAUGUCUACUAUGGACCAGAUGAACCCCAGAUCGUCAGCAGCCCAGACGUGCGGACAUUGGCCGAUGGCGAAAACGUGACACUCACCUGCCGAGCCUCGUCCUUCCCGGCUUCAGUAUUUCAAUGGUAUCUCAAUGGCAAUUCGCUGGUCCACCCUCAGGAGCAACUGGUCAUCUCCAACCUCCGCCGGAACAACACGGGGAACUACACAUGCGAGACCUUCAACAGCAAGACCAACCUGGUCAGCCGGAAGUCAAUACAGCUUCACCUGACAGAAUCGAACGAUUUGGCGGAUUAUGGGAAUAAGUCGUGGAUUGCCGCUGCAGUGGUUGGUUGUCUCGUCAUCAUAGCCAUCAGUGCCUGUGCAUUCUUCAGAAACAAAAACUAGGGCAGGCGGGAGGACGGGAGGAGUUACUGUAGCUGUGAUUUUCGCACCACGCCCCACCCUCUCCAUGAAGGAACUUGCUGAAAAUCUCGCUCUUGGAUGUCUAUUUUCUGCUGAAAACGUGCACUCGUCGUGGCUGGUCGCUGAGGUGUUGAGGAAGCCUCGUCGGGGUGUUGUCCAAUCGUGGAAAUCCACGCACUGACACCACAGGCGAACCACCGCCUGCGAACAGGCAGCUUGCUACUACGACAGGCCUCUGUAAUAAAGAUUUAUUAAAGUUGUAUUUUUCUCCCUGUGUCACCAGCUGGUGGCGUUAAACGAA